GGAGGCUGAGCGUGCACGUUCAACAGCGCUGAGGCUUUUCUACUCGGACUGUUUUAAAGUGUGUGUGAAGUUGGCGGCUGUAUCGUAAAACCGCGAAAUAAUCGUGUAUGAGAGAUGUAGACACCACGCUCGGACUCUGUGAGGAGGUUUGCGCCCGCUGAAGUAAAACUGCGAGCUUCUUCGGAAAGUAACUUAAAUAUGAGCCUCUCAGCCGCAGUGAUGGAAGUGGAGCUGCCCGAGCAGGAAAACGCAGCAGGUCAUGUUCCUCUGCGUCUGCCAUCUCUGCGCCUCUUGGUCCCACCUCUCCGCCUCAUGUCUGCAGUCAUGUGGCGCAUUGUGCAACAGCGAGAUGUAACGCAGUACGGGAUGCUUGCUGACUUUGUGUCGUUGGUUACUGAAGCUGUCCCAGAGCUCUUCAGUCACACACAUGGAGUUGAACUUAUUCUGGGCCUGCGAGCAAAGCUGAUUUUAGAGUUGUGCCGCAGGGACGAUCCAGUGGAUAUACAUGCAAUCCAGCCUCACCUCAACAGCAUUCAGUUGUCCCUUCCUCUGGUCAAAUGUGUGGACAGCAUAGAAGUGGAAGAGACAGGAAUUCACUUUGUGGAGCUGGUCCAAACACUCAUUAAAGACACUGCUGAGAGAGAGGACUUCUUUCAGAAUGUGUUUCCAGUGGAGUUUGGCCCCAACUAUGACUCUGCAGUUCAGACAUUGAUGUGGGACUUCUUGUCCAGACUGGAGCGCUUCCUGCUGGUCCCUGAUCUUCUGCAGACUGUAGCUUGGCUUGGCGCUGAGUCUUGUGCUUUAAAGGACUAUGAGGAAUUCAUCAGUAAACCAGAUAACCUGAAGUCACUGCUCCAUCACCAUAAGUGCCUUGGGCACCUAGACGCUUGUGCCUCCUCACCAUCUCUAAAUAUGAGUGACUGCAUCCUGUCUGUUUUGGCUGGCAAGAAAGACGGCGCAGGUCAGCUGAACACUGGCAAUUGUCUACUUAAUCCAUCUGACGACUCUGUUCCCACUCAGAUCCCUGUGUGUGUUAUGGACGGGACAGAUGUAGAGACUGUGGUGGUCGUGUCUGAGUGGACAGAGAUUGAAUUAGGAGGAGAUCAAGAGGAGUCCCUACCAGAAGUAGAAACCAGUGAGGAUGGUGGCAGUGCCCUACAUACCACGGAUUCUGAACAGAGAGAGUUGGAGUGUAGUGUAAAGACUGAGGAAAAUGAGGAUUCAGGAGAAUCUGCUCUGCAGCGCAAAGAAGGCAGUGCAUCUGUAGGUGGCCCAGAUGAAUCCAGGCAAGAUGAGGAUCUUUGUCUCAGGACUUCAGAAACAGGACAGUUGAACUGUAACACUGAAGAGGCACAGAGUCUGUUGUCUGAUGUCACGGCCACUGUGGAGUCUACGUUUGUUAUGCCUGUACAACCUCAUGAGCCUGCUGGUCUUUGCACAGCCGCUGGUGGGACCCGGAGAUCAGCUCGAAAACCUAAAAAGACUUGGAAGAUUAAAAUGGUGAAUCUUCAAAAGCAGAAAAGAAAGUCUGUUGCCACUAAAGUUGUAAAUACUCUAAAGAGGAAAAGCAACCCUGUUGCACCUGAAGCGAAUUCAAAUUCGAUUACCUCAGAUAACAGGGAUGCUGCUGAACUACCUGAAGUGUCUCCUGAUCUCGUCUCAAAUGAAGAAAACACAGAUGUCUCCUCAGAGAUCUUUUCCUGUCAAAAGUGUUCAUUUACUCACACUCAAGAGAGGUACCUGAAAAGCCAUAUGAAAAAGAUCCACCCCAUUCCAGUGGAGGAGAACGAGAAGGAACCCCAUGUGUGCCAGGUGUGCAGUAAAGGCUACCGCUUCCCUGGCAUGCUAAAGGCGCACCAGCGCACCCACACGGGCGAGCGACCCUUCCAGUGCACGGCAUCUCGCUGCGGGCGCCGCUUCUCUCACAUCCAGGCUCUGCGCCGCCAUCGCCUCACACACAACCCCAAAGCUGUUCAUAAAGCUCCUGAUGAUACGCCUCAGGAUGAUGAGCCUGAGAAAGAGGAGCCUGAGAGCCAGGAGGGUCAAAUGUACAACUGCCUCUACUGUGGAGAAAGCUUCAGCUCGCUCAGUGCACGCCGGGACCACCACAAGACACACCCAGAGGAAGAGAUGAACCGUUGUAACGACUGCGGCAAGCAGCUCAGCUGCCAGGCGGCCCUCAUCAGGCACAAGCGGGGCCACCUGGAGGACCGGCCACACAAGUGCACCAUGUGCAACUCUAGCUUCACCUGCGUGACCAGCUUUAAACGCCACUUGCUCACGCACCAGCCUGAAAGGCCAUACCAUUGCAGUUGUGGCAAGGGCUUCACCUACAGGGGCGCCUUGCUGUCCCACCAGCGCACACAUGUGGCAGAAAGACCCUACCACUGCUCACACUGUGACAAAAGCUUCCUCUACCCUGGGGCUCUGAGGAAGCACGAGUGGACCCACUCCAAAGAAAAACCCUAUCUUUGCUCACACUGUGGCAAAAGCUUCAAAAGGGAGAGAACCCUCCGGGCACACAUGGCCGGCCACACCAAGGAGAAGAUAUACAAAUGCUCUCUGUGCGACAAGACCUUCGCAUACAAGGCCAGUCUGACAAGACAUGAGCUCACCCACUCCGGCGAGAGGCCUUUCCUUUGCUCUGAAUGCGGUAAGACCUUCUUCUCGUUCGGAGAGCUGCUGAAGCACCAGCGCUACCACACCGGACACAAGCCCUUCCAAUGUGCGCACUGCGACAAGAGCUUCACACAAGCCUGCUAUCUUCAGCUGCACACUAGGUACCACACCGGAGUGCGCCCCUACACCUGCUCUCAGUGCAGCAAAAGUUUCUUCACAUCCUGCCGUCUCAAAAGACACAUGCAGAUCCAUACGGGAGAGAAGCCGUUUGAGUGCAUGGAGUGCGGGAAAAGAUUCAGACAGGCGUACGUGCUGAAAGUGCAUCAGCGGACACAUGUAGGAGGGAGAACUCAGAGUGUGAUUAACGACAGUUUGUUCUGACCAUUUUUUGUGUUGUGAAUAGUAACAAGGCUACUUUAAUUACAGCUGAGUUUUCAUUUCAAGAGGUUUUUUGUAAACACUAAAGACCAAUUCAAUCAUAUUUUCAUUUAAGUCUAAUAUUGUCACAUCAGAUGUUUACUUGUUAUGACCAUAUCAGUGUUUCUCUUUCUCUUGUUGAUGCCUUAAUGACGAACCUUUGUAGGCAGAUGCAAAUGCAGAGAAGACAUACAAACAGCACACUAGCUCAACCUUUAAGAUGAUAGGCUUUUUAUGUUAGUACUUCACAACCAGCUUCUGGUGACCUUGGACUAGCUUCACUUUCCUAAGACCAAUCAUUCAUUCUUACCCACUGUAAGAGAACCUGCAAAUGAUCUCAAUUCUGCUUGAAAGAGCAACAUCUACCUGGGCCUACUUCACUGGCUGUCAGUGCUGCUCCUGGAGCUCUAGUGCCCUGCAUGUUGAAGUGUUCUCUCUGAGACAGCACAUGGAGUUCACCUCAAGGGCUUCUUAUUUACUUCAUUAGAUGUAUCAGGUGUGCAGGACCAGAAUGUAUAUUGUAUAUGUAUUUUGUGAUGUUGAGAGGCUCCAGUAAGUCGUUGUUGAAACUUCCGUUAAGGCAGGUAUGUCAAACUGGGUUCCUCGCCGGCCAUAGCUCUGAGGAGAUAAACAUUUUCCUUCAUCUUGACCUCUGAAUUAAAUUCACAAAGCCUUUGCCAAUUGGCUGAUGAGCUGAAAUGCAGUGUUUUAUGUCUGCAUCUUUUUGGCUUUUUGCUGAGGAAUGUAGUGCAAAAUGUGCAUUAAGCUGUAACAUUUUAAAACCUGAAAAUUAUGGGUCACCUUAUAUUUAUGCUAGAAGACUUUAAAAGAGUACAAAGGAUUCUCACAGAGUAGAAAUUGGUUCGAGCAAGGAGAAGCAAAUCUACACAAGCAUAGUGUGAAGCGCAAAUCAAGAUGCUAUUCUUUUUGUAUGGAAGCUACUGUAGUGAGUUUUUCCAGUAAAUGAACCUGUCAUAAUGCUUACAUGAGUAAU